UAUCGAACAUAUUCUUCUUCUUCUUUUCCUUCUUCUUGGGAACACAGCGCUGGAAGAAGACUAGCGGCACAAACCGGCAAGAAGAUAGUGAAAAAAACAAAUGAUGGCGGAUAACGAACAUAGCAAGAAAAGUCGCACCGACGACGGAGGGCCGCAGGAGGAGGGAGGCAGAGUGAAAACUAAGCCUGUCUCUUGUAGCAAUUUGGGAGGAGAAGGGAGCACGGGCAAGCGCACAUCUCAGCAUCUCGCCCCUGAAGAUGAAGACGAGUCCUCAGGAGACUCACCAGCGCCCCGGAAAGUCUCCAAAAUAGGCUUUAGCAUGGGCAGUCAGACGGCGAAGAAAGCUAACCCUAUAUCUAUCAAACUGGGAGCAACGAAGCCCAAAGAGCCUGCACCAUCAGCUCCUCCAAAAAAGACAGGGCUGGCAUCGGUUUUUAAUGAAGAUGAUGAUAGUGAACCAGAGGAGAUGCCUCCAGAAGCAAAGAUGAGGAUGAAAAACAUUGGCAGGGAGACACCAACAUCUGCAGGACCCAAUUCCUUCAACAAAGGCAAGCAGGGCUUCUCUGAUCAUCAAAAACUUUGGGAGAGAAAGCUAAAGGCCCAAUCAGAUAAAUACUAAAUGACUAUCACAGAUUGUUUUCUAAAACAGAUAAUUUUGUAUAGGUUGAUGUUGUCCGAUAUCUCAGAAGGCUCAAACGAUUCCUCAUUAUGAGCUUCUUGUUGACAACUGUUGAGCAUUGUGGACAUGUUAUGAAGAAUACUUUAAGCUUUCUAAGAUUGUGACUGAACCUUUAAAGUGUUUACAGUACGUUCUUAACCACUACUGGUUAUUUCCUAAAUGAGAGGUUUUUUCAAGCCUCUGUAUGAGAGGUGCAGGCUGGUGAUGGAGAGAUGGGACGAGCAAAUUAGCCAGAUUAUUGUUUUAACUGUAAAUUAAAAGCAUUUUUCAGUCCUCAUCAAGCUGGUUAUGUCCUGAGCGAGUGUGUUGCUUGUCUAAUAUUUGUGUAAAAAUGUACAUAGAAGUGUUGCUGUGUUUUAUUUUUAAAUCCCCAGAUUAGAGUUCGACUCUUACGUCAUGUUGCAGAGAAAAGUAGACUUUAAAUGGAUUUUGUUAAGUUUCUCAACAUCAAUGUAGAACCUUUUGUUUUCACCAGCUGUACCACAUCAGAGGCUGUCUUCGUUUACCCUACUUUACUUUUCAUGCUUUGUGUUCGGCUUCUUUGAACCCUGUUUUCCUGGUUACGUCACCAUCUCUGGAAAACAUGCAUCGGCCAUGUGGUUGCGUUCAUUUUUAUGUUCACAGUUAAAUGCAUAUUUUUAGCUGACAGGAAUGUGUACACCACAUCAGAAACCCGUGACAUGGAUACCCGGGUGCUGGAAACAGUCAUAAUGUUUUGGUGGUUAAAAUAAUGAUUAGUAAUAAUAAGAUAACGCUUUUAUUUUCCAUUCUAACGUCACAAAUGCAGCGUCUAUCCAUUUGCGCUACACCUCAGUGACUUUUCCUGCGCCUGAAAUUCUUUUAGGAAAUUUCCCUUGGUCUGAAGUAUGAAUUUUGUUUUCCUUUGUGGGUUAGCUAAAUGUUGUACAGACACCCCCAAAUGAAUGAAUUAACAUUAACAUUCACUAGUAUCUGUUUUCAUGAAAUGGUCUUCUCUUAAAUACACAUUUAAAAGUGAGUUAUUCAAAUUGGAUGAUGUGUGUUGUUUUGUGGAAAUGUUGGUUGUAACACAAUCUGUGAUAAACUUCACCUUGCAUAUAAAAUCUGAUUAAGUUUA